AUAAUAUAUAUAUAUAAUAUAUAAACUAAAUUAUAUAAUAUUAUCAAUAAAAAAGUCUAUGAAAAAAUAUAUAAAAUAUAAAAUAAAAAAUAUAAAAUAAGUAUUAUUAAUAUAUAAUAAUAAAUAAUGUAUUUUAAAGUUUUUAAAAUUUAUUAUUUAUUUUCAUUUUAAAAUUUGAUAAAAUAACAACAUAGCUAAUUUACAUUCUAUUUUAAAAAAUAUUUAUUAUAUUUAUAAAAAAUAAUAUAAAUAAUUAAUAUAUUUGAAUUUUUUACUAAAUAUAUCAAAAUCGUACAAUUUCUUUUUCUUUAUUAAUACAGAAAGCGGAUCUCAUAAAUACAUAAAGUGUGAUUUUUUUCAAGAAUAUUAGAUUUAUUAUAGAUUUUUAUCAAUAUUUUACUGAUUUUAAAACAAAUAAAUAAAAAUGUUUCGUCAAGUUAUUCCACAAAUGAUUAAAAAUAGUCGUACAAUUAAAAAUAUUCAAACUUCUACUGAUAUUGAUGCUAAUAUGAAAUUAGAAAAAUCUAUAAAUCAAGUUACUUUAUUAGGAAGAGUAGGAGGUGAGGCACAGAAAAAGGGCAGUAAUGAACAUCCUGUUGUUAUUUUUUCUCUUGCCACGCAUAAUAACUAUAAAUAUAUGAAUGGAGAUAUUGUACAACGAACAGAUUGGCAUAAAAUAUGCGUUUUUAAACCAAAUUUACGUGAAAAUGUGUAUACUUAUUUAAAAAAGGGUCAAAGAGUAUUAGUUUCAGGAAAAAUAAGUUAUGGAGAAUACAAAGAUGAAGAAGGUGUUACUAAAUCAAGUACUGCAGUAAUAGCAGAUGAUGUAAUAUUUUUUCAUCAUAAUAAUUAAAUUUAUAAAUAUAAUAUAAUUAUAUAUAAUAUUAAUAUGUAAUAAUAUAUAUAAACGUUUUAUUUUACUAAAAUAUAAAUAAAAUUUAUAAAUAAAAUUAAUUUUAUAUGAAAAUAUAUUUUUAUUUUUAAAUAUUUUCAUAUAAAAUUUACAAGAAUAUUUUAUUCAUUUAUUAAUUAUAAAAAAUAUGUAUAAUUAAUGUAUAGAUGCAUAGAAAUCUGAAUUGUAUUAUUAUUAUUUUAUAAUGUUUUUUCUGAUGAGGGAUAAUAAAUUGAUACUUAAAAUUA